UCCGUGCUCAGCUUGGCUGCAGGUGGGAAGCUGCUGGUGGUGCCGCUAGAUGGGAGUCAUUGGCUCAGCAUGCAGGAAGUAUUGGACAAGCUCAGGCAGAAAGGACAUGAAAUAGUUGUCGUUGCACCUGAAGUCAGUUUAUAUAUAAAGCCAACAAAUAAUUUUAUUAUGAAAAUGUACCCAGUCCCUUUCACGCAGCAAGAGAUGGAUGACAUGUUCCGGGGGACUGGUCAGGAUGUAUUUGCUGAAGGAUCCUUCUUGGAAAGAUUUAUUAUAGCAUAUCAAGGGUUGAAAAAUAGUUCCACUAUGUUCCUGUCUAUUUGUGAACAGUUACUGUACAACAAAGAACUUAUCAGAUAUCUUCAGGAGAGUAAGUUUGAUGCUGUCUUUACAGAUCCACUGCUACCUUGUGGGCAGAUACUGGCUGAGCAUCUUUCAGUUCCAUCUGUGCUCUACUUGCAGCAAAUGCCGUGUGGCUUGGAAUUUGAAGGCACUCAGUGUCCAAAUCCCCCUUCUUAUGUCCCCAGGAUAUUUACAGAAAAUACAGACCACAUGAACUUCCUCCAGCGUGUGGAGAAUGUCGUCUUUGAAAUACCAAAUUUUUUUCUAUGUGAUGUCGUGUUUCAGCCAUAUGCAAAGCUGGCUUCUGAGUUUCUUCAGCGAGAUGUGACUGUGCCAGUUCUCUUAAGCAAGGCUUCCAUUUGGCUCAUUAAAUUAGACUUUGUUUUACACUAUCCAAGACCACUGAUGCCCAACAUGAUUAUGGUUAGCGGAGUAAAUUGUGCCCAGAAGAAGCUAACUCAGGUGGGUCAUCUGUUUUCUUUUUACUGUCAUUCUUGUGGGCUUUUACAUACACUGAGAUGUUGUGACACACGUUUUUUUUGGAAGGUUUCUUUCAGCUGUUGAUGGCAAAAGGAUUUCAGGCUGCUUUUUAUUUAUGAAGAGCUGCCAGUACUCGACUCAGUGAAGAUAACCGAAUAUCUCAUUCAAAAGAUAUAGUAUUUCAAAUUUAAAUGGCUCUGGGUAACUCUUCUAAAAUAUGUGACUGUAUUAGAUCUCUUACACAAGGUAUCUAUUUGGCUUUUACUGUUUCAUUAUCCAAGACAACUGAUACCAAACAUGAUCAUAAUUGAAAGAAUAACCUACACUCAUGAAAAGCUAUCUCACAUGGGUGAUGCUCUAGGUUGUUUCUUUUUCUUCUCCUAAACUAUUAUUUUCACUAUAGAAUCUUUUUAUCAUUUAGUUAGAUAGGUUUCUCUAACUGUGUAAACAGGUUCAAGCUUCUUUUCACUUACCAGGGGGUGCAAGUACUUGUUUUGGUGAAGACACUUGCAUAUCACAAUAUAAAAAUUGUGUCUAGAACAGAGAUAUCUCAGCUGACAUCUAUGUAAAUAUGCAGAGGGUUUGAAUCUAUUCUUGUUGCUCAGAAGCACACCCAAAAUACCUUCUGCCACCAUCUGAAGAAUUUAAUUUCUCUGAUAGAGGUAGAUAGUAUAAAAGGUGGUGAGAAUAGUACAAGAUGGUUUUUUUGUGUGUGUAUGUGAGCAGUUAUGGUUAUUUGUGAAACUCCUAGUUUGGUCUUUCAGAUUUGUCUUUACUUAGAGGUUGAACCUAUGCUUAUGAUCCUUCUCUUACUGUCUGUUGGUUGCAGAACCAAUAUCCUAUGCCAGAUUCUGCCCUUGGCUUUUUACAGCAGCAAGAACUUGUGGCAAUUCUUGCUUUGCAAACCUCUUCCUCCUUUUGCUGCUUCUCAUAGUGUGUUUCUACUUUGGGUGAAUUGCCCUUGUACAGAAAGCUAUUUUCAGGUGUGGAUGAGGUGGCUAUUAUUCUCUCAGCCUUGAGUCCCAGUUGCACUAGUACUCCUUUCCCAGCAUUCCUCCAGAAGGGAAAAACCUGUUCCAAAAGCCAGGGAAUCACAGAAUCAUGAAAUAUGCCCAGAUAGAAAGGAACUACAGCGGUCAUUGAGUCCAACCCCCAGCCUCCCACAGCACCACCCAAACCCAAUCCCCAUGGCUGAGGUUUGUGUACCAAUGCUCCCUGAGCUCCAGAAGCUUGGGGCCAUGCCUAUUGACCUGGGAGAUGCUCCGUGCCCACCACCCUCUGGGGCACAGCCUUCUCCUCGCACAAUCUGACCAUCCCCUGACUGUCACUGUCAGCAAAGAGCACAGCUCUGCUCUGCCCUUCCACUCGCCAUAAGAAGCUGUGGCCCACCACAAGGGACCUCCCCUCAGCCUCUUCUUUUCUGGGCUGAACAAACCAAGGGACCUCAGCUGCUCCAUGUUUCUCGCUUUGCAGACCCUUCCCAAUCUUCAGAAGUAUUUUAAAUUUUGAAAUACGUUUGAGUAUUCCAGGUCUGUAAUGUCUAACAUGGUCUUGAUCAGACACAUAAAAUGCACUUGGGAAAACUGUUAUCAAAGGUUAGUUACCUUUUUAUUUUCCCCC